AUGGGCAAGCGCGCGCAGCAGACCCAAGCCAGCACCCAGCAGGCCAAAGCGCCCAAGAUCGUCGACCCAAUGGAGAAGGAGUUGACACCGGUGCUGGAGCAGCUGGAUAAGGCUCGUGGAAUCAUCAGCGCAUCGACGGUUGAGAUGCUACAGGCAGUGGUGCCACACUGCAUCAGCUCAGCCAAGGGCGAUCGCCACGAGUACCAAAACUCGAUGCUCGAGUCCGUCGAGACCACACUGAAGCAGAUUCAGGCAAAACAGCAAGCGGAAUUGGCAAACGCACAAUCCGCUCUUGCGGAUUUCGAAGCGAAGCAGGAGAACGCCGCUUCGCAGCUGCAGAUGGUCGAGGGACAGGUGGCUCAAUGUCAGGAAGACAAGGCGACGAAGGACCAAACCGAGACCGACUCGAAUGCGGCCGUGGCAGAAGCAGCCCAGGCUCUGCAGCUUGCACAGGAGAGUGAACAGAGCUUGGGCGCUGAAAAAGAUGCCAUCCUGAAAGAUCAAGAAGAGUCUCAGAAGUUUCUGACGACCACCUGGGAAGCCGUGAAGACUGGCGCCUUCGCAGGCCAGGAGUGGCGAGAGCGCAACAAGGCCAUUGAAGCGUCGGUGAAGAUCCUUGACGGCUUCGGCUUGGACGCCAGCCUCAAGGCGGCUCUGCCCACAGCCUUGAAAACGAAGCCCGGGGACCGCAAGAGGUUUAGCCUUUGCGCAGUGCAGUUUGCGGAGGUGGCCAUAACCACCCGGCUGCAGAAGCUGCGGGAAAAGGUGGACAACUUUGAGCAAGAGGCCAUUGCACGGUCGCAGGCCGUGACGACAGCCAAGGAGGCGCUGGCAUCUUGCGAAGAGAAGCUUCGGGUUGCCAAGGCUGAGGCAGUGUCAGCGAAGGAUGCACUGCAGGCUGCUGUCCACAGUAAGGCUGAAAUCGAGAAAGAGAUCAAGCAGAGCCUGCUGGAUGGCUCUUCGUCGAUGCGGUUCACUCUGAGCCUUCUUGCCGCUCUGACAUCGGGCAGUGAUGUGACGUGGUCCCACGAGCUCUACGAUGUCGAGUUCAUUGAUCUGAACCAAACCCUGCUAACAUCAGUCCCGAAGUCUCAGCAUGAAGCCCUGAUAAAGAUCUUGCAUGUUCCGGACACCCACUUCUCACGCGAGUCUGAUGCUAGCCCGUGGUCGGAUCGGAUGCACAGGGCCUUCGCUGCGCCACAGCGAUUCGACACGCGCGUGCGGACCAGCACAGGUUUCGAAUUGAAGCAAGCGCUUCGGUUUGCUGAAUCGAUCCCUGUGGAUGUUGUGGCGAUCGGCGGGGACUUGAUAAACUUCCCCUCCCAGUCAUCUGUGGAUGAUUUGUACAAGGAGCUGAACAA